UUUGGACGCCAUGCGAGGACCCCGAUGCAGCUCGGGAUGAUCGACGCAAUGCCGGCCGAAAAGUAUUGUCACAACUCAAGUCACAAAGCCUUUUCCAACGACCGAGUCUCGAGUCUCUCAACUUGGCCAACUUGCACACACGUAACUCGCAAGGGAAAUACCGGAGGCGCCUACUAGUUUGACCGGUCAAGACGACCAAUGUUGAUCCUUGGUUUCGGUGUGACAGUAAUGGCCUGAUUAAAGUGCGCGAUCGGAAAAUGAACCAAGCUUGGACCAAUGUCGAAUAUUCUACACCGCCAACCGAGGCUCCGAGUUUCUCAAGAGUCAGGCGGGCGCAUUCCAAUUUCCAGAUGCGAAGGUGUCAUCGCUCGUGGACAGCCGGUGCAUCAGCUCGUAAGAACACAAAGACCAUGCGGGGUUGCUGGUGAAAUUCGAAGGCAUCUUGACACAAGGUUCGGAGAACAGGUCCUGUGCGCUGCAGACCGGAAGAUCCUGAGAAAUGACAAACGCGAGGGGUACCCAGCGGGUCUACGUUAUUACUUUAAUCCUAUGGAUUCGCGUUCAACGCUCACCUAUCCGUCUCAUGGAUGCAAAUCCUCGCCUCUCAGCCGCAGCUGUGUAUCCCGAAUACCAUUGUUAACUCGUGCUGAUACUUCAGAGCAACUGCAAAUAAGCUAUCGGAUAAUGCAGGGAACAUGGCCGAUUAUAUCCCUUACGAGCAAGCCCUCUGCGGCUCAGGCAAUCGCUCGGGUAGUUUUUGGGCUGAAAGGGAACCUUCUGCGGCAAUCAAUGCUGGCCUCAAAACGGGAUUGCCAGAAACCAAACAGUCCAUACUACUGGCGCUCCUAUGAUAACACCAGUUGUGCUUUGUACCUCUGACGGCCAUCCCACCCCGCCCAUUGCGACCUAAGCCGUAAUCGGCACGGCUAUUCUUCUCAUCGCCAAUGUUCAGAUGUCAUUUUCGAUAGACCGACCGUCAGCACGACGGUGGUAUUCUGUGGAACAGUGGAACGAAUUCUUUCUGACGCACGAAGCCGACGCCUGCCGCCGCCCGAAAACUCAAGAGAUUGAGAGUGAGGAGUCAAGAUCAGGCUUCCGUCUUAUCUAC